AUGCCAGAAUCACAGAAACAGUACAGCCCGGAUAAUGAGGAGUUCAAGUUCGUCGCCGAGUCGAACAGGAAAACACUGCGUAGCCAUGCAAUGAGGGCACACUGGCGUCAACGAAAGCAAUGGACAGGCGGCCAGAGGGGCGGAGGCAACGGGGAGCUGGCUGGAGAAGCUUCUCGGGCGCUCUACAGAAUGAUUGGCACCGUGGCGUGUGGCCGAUUAGAUCCAUUUGACAGGCUACCAAUUACACUGACAGUCGAGCACCAAGAGCUGCUGCACCACUGGGUUUUCACGUGCACGACAAUGAUGUUUGGCCAUCUGCCUCCUGCCAUCGCCAAUCCAAUGCGAGACGUGUGGCUGCCGCUUGAUCUUUCCAACGCCGGCUCUUUCAAUGCCUGCAUGGCUCACUCAGCCGCUCACCUGGCCCGAAUGCGGGGGCAUCGCUAUUCGAAAAGAGCCCUAGAGUUCAAGAUGGAGGCAAUUCGAAUAAUCAUGGGGUGGAUUGGUGACCAUAACAUGGCGCUCAGUGAUGUCACGUUCGCAGCCGUCUUGAGGCUCUCGACUUAUGAACGAUAUUGGGGAACCGAGCUCGAUUGGCAAAUCCACCACGAUGGUCUUUUGCGCAUGAUUAACGCGCGGGGCGGCCUUGGGACAUUUGCUCACAAUUGGCGCCUCGCACUGAUCACAUUUUUAAAUACGCUCAUGGUGCGUCCAUCAUGGCUUGAUAGCUCCAAUCGCAUAUGGGAGCUUGCUAUGCCUCAGUCUCUCUACGCAUUGCGACUCAUUGUUGGAGAGGAGUCUUCCAUGCACCAAAUCCGCUGUCUGUGGCUGCUCUCACUGGGGCAAGACAUUGAGCACUUUGCCCUCAUUUCAAUUGAGUCGUGUCGCAAUGGUCUUGCAAGUUGCGCUAAUCUGCAGGAUGCAUUGAUGCUCCUCAUGCUCAAAAUGAAGCAAUACGACCUCACAAGCCGGCGCGAUGCGAAAAUUGGCGAUUUCGAGUUUCGGCGGUUGGCAUGCGUUCUCUUCAUUGCCAUUCUGUGCCAGGGCUGCACUACUGCUCCUGCCGACGCUUCCGCCCUUAGCCAAGGAUCCGGGUGGAUAUCUUGUCCUUUGGCCCUUAUCUUGUUGGAUGUGCACCUGUUGGAAUACCGUGACACCUGGCUUUCCGAUGUUGAUGGUCUUUAUGUCACUCUUUACAGCGGUUUCUUUGGAGUCGAUGAUGGCAUCCCCAAUCGCGACUACGUGCUGACAAUGGCAUCUGUUCUCGGGUCUAUGAGCAGCACGACCCGCCAAAGGAUAGAGAGCUCUCUGCUACACAUACUCUGCUCGGGCGCAGCUGCGUGA